AGAUAGUAAUGGUCGUACUGUACCGAUAAUUUUCCCUAUGAAAUUCGCACCAUGUAAAGAAUCUUUGUUUGCAAAUAAUUCUACAUAAAUCGCAGAUCUAGUUGUCUAGCAUUAUCUAGUACAUUUGGCACUUGGCACGUACACAAUUUUUUUACGUACAUAUUCAUAAUUUCGAUGAUCUUACAUGUGUUCCAGAUAAUAUUUGAAAUUUCGAUAUUAUCGAACGAUUUCUCUGCAACAUUGCGAAGCAAACAAAGUGAAAUAUUCGACGUAAAAGAUAUAUACGAUUGGCACUUGUUGUCACUUGACAGACGAAGUUUACAAACAUUGUGAAGGAUUUUAGAAAUCACAUAAGCUAUGAAUUUAAUGUCCAGGGAAGAAAUUAAUAUCAGACGACUUUUAGCGAGAUGUGAAUUAAUGGCGAAAGAUGAUUCUCAUAAGGAUUGGAAACUGGAGAAGUAUAUCCUUGCUUUAGAUGACAUGAUCAAGCAAUUACAAACGUUACCAAGUAAACCAAGUAAAGACAUCAUGAUGGGUUAUAAUAAACGAAUAGAUUUUUUAAAGGGUCUAGUAAACACAACGAAACUAACUAGUCCUGUGGAUAGAGUGGCAGCAGUACAGAUGCUAUCAAAAAGUUCUACAACAUUCAAUGAUUUGUUAGGUUCAAAUAUAGCAACUCAAAUUCACCAGAAAACUACAGCAAAAUAUAAUCGAGAAUUGCGAGCAGAAUUAUUUCACAGCGACAAAGGAUCCUUAGAGGAUGGUGUAAGACAAAGAUUGUCUAGUACAAAUAUGCAAGAUGAAGAUUUAGAUGUACUUUUAAAGUACAAUAGAAAUAUUCAGGAGAAGAUUGCAGAGAACAUGUUAUCAAUGACCAGUAGUAUGAAAGAACAUGCACUGGCGGCAAAUGCUAUUAUAAAGAAAGAUAUUGGACUCCUUGAGAGGUCUGAUAAAUUGACAGAUGUUAAUACAAAUAAAUUAAAUACAGAAUCAUUGAAAUUGAAAGAGCAUACAACAUCAUAUUGGAGAUGUUGGAUGUGGGUGAUGAUAGCAUUUGUUUUAGUUGUCUUUUUUAGUAAAGUCAAAGUCAUGCGAGCAUUGUAUAAAUACACAGCACAAAAUACAGAUGAACUAUCUUUUGAUGAAGGUGAUCUCCUUUAUGUUUAUGACAAAGAUGUAGAACCCAAUUGGUGGAGAGCGAAGUGUGGAAAUCAAGAGGGUCUCGUACCUGCCAAUUAUGUUGAAGAACAAACUGAAGAAAUUGAAUUACCUUUACACGACGCUGCAAGACGAGGGAAUCUUUUGUUACUUAAAGAAUACAUAAAACAAGGAGUUUCGGGCACAGCUUUGGAUACAGUGGGUAAUACCUCACUAUAUUGGGCUGCACGUGCUGGUCAUGUAGAUUGUGUAAAAGAGCUCCUAAGUUUGCCAAAUCCCAUCGUUAAUGCUCAAAAUAAAAUGGGAGAAACUCCAUUGCAUGCAGCAGCUUGCCGUGGACAUACGGAUAUAGUGAAUUUGUUAUUACAAUAUGAUGCGGAUCCAACAAUACAAAAUAACGAUGGUCUUGUAGCUGAAGAACUAUCCUCCAAUAUAUCAAUAAAAAAUAUGAUACAACUCAGUCGUCAGCACUAUGAUAAAAUAUAUGGAUACACAGAGGAUGAUUACAAUGAUGAUAGUGAUUAAA